AUGGGAUUUUUGCUGCAGGUUCACCUCAUCUGGGACUCUUUCUAAAACUAGUUAGAUGCAGAGUACAAAUAGCCAAAGAUGUGGACGUUUAUGAUUCAUUUUGAGCAAUGACGGGAAGUACGAGAUUUGACUUUGCGUCAAGUAGUCCAGAGGGAUCAGCUUUUGCAUCUACCUAUCCGAAUGGGCAGCGUGGGAGCUAUUCUGGAGCAAGUUUGGAUAGGUCUGGGAGCUUCCGUGAGAGCGUUGAGAAUCGGGCACGGACGUCUGGGUCUAGCACAUCAAGAGGGGGUACUAUAACAGUAGAAAUGCCACCAUUAUCACAGUCACUAACAUUGGAGCAGUUCUCGUUAGGUGAUCAGAAGUUUUCCUGCCAGGGGGAACUACGGAGAAUUGUGGGCAUUUCUCCUAGAAUCGCACCGGGAGAUCAUGCGGUUGGGGCUACCCUUUCUAAGCCUCUUCCUCCAGUAAUGUCUGAUGAACUCAGACGUUUGAAAGCAAACUUACAGGACACUUAUAUCAGGGCCAGGGAUAGAACAAAAAUGUUGAAUGAAUCCAUUGCCAAAUUGGAUAAGCACAGACAAACUGUUCUUUCAAAGAAGCGCCAGCGGAAUGAGGUAGCAUCAAGUGAAAGGUCGAGUGCGGCAAACUUGUCAAAGACAGGUCAGGUUCAUCAAAACUCUUCGGACCUUGUCCCUCAAAGAAUGGAUGACAGGACAAAGAAUGCUGUUCCAAAUAGGCGUGUUCGAACAUCAGUCGCAGAAGUAAGGUCUGAAGGGCGUAGUGCUGCAUUCUCAAGGCAAGGUGUGGGUGUGGACAAGGAUAGAGAUAUGCUCAGGGCUGGUAAUGGGGGUUCAGUGCAAGUGGAAGACAAGAUCAGGGGACUACCUGCUGGAGGGGAUGGUUGGGAUAAAAAAAUGAAAAGAAAACGCUCUGUAGGCACAGUGGGCACUAGAACCAUAGAUGGCGAUGUGGAGGUCAAACAAAGAAUGCAACCACGGCUUAAUAAUGAAUCUCUAUCACGAUCUUCUGAUGGUGAUCGAGACCUCAAACGGUUUAGAACAGGAUAUUCCAAUGGAAUUAUUGGAAAUACCAAGUCUGAUGGCAAUUCUCUACCGAAUAGUUCGAGUGCCCGAACAGCACCCAGGAAUGACCUCGACAAUUUGCCCCUUCCAAAUCGUGCUGUUGGAUUGGAUAAAGAAAGAGUUAACUCUAAGGGAAGCAAUAAGCUGAAUCUUCGAGAAGACAAUCAGGCAGGAAGUCCUGGUGCAGUGACAAAAGGAAAGGCUUCUAGAGCGCCUCGAACUGGGUCGGGUGUGCUUGUGGGUCCAUCUCCCAACUUCCCUCGGACAUCAGGGACUCUUGAUGGAUGGGAGCAGCCUCCAUGCUCGAACAAAUUCCAGCCUACGAGCACAGCAAACAAUCGGAAGCGUGCUGUUCCAACAGAAUCACCUUUACCUUCUGUAGCUGAAUGGGCCGGACAACGGCCCCCCAAGAAUUCUCGCACGAAGAGAAUGAAUAUAGUUUCCCCCGUCUCGAACCAUGAAGAGCCUCAGGUAUCGCCCGAAGGUUUUCCUGCUUCUGAUAUAGGUGCUAGAUCGACUUCCACUGAGACCAAUGGACCUGUACUUGCGAAGGGAGUGUCUAAUGAUUCACUGCAGUUCAAAACAAAACUUGAGAAUGUCCAAUCUCCAGCUGGAUUGUUGUCAGAAAGUGAAGAAUCAGGAGCCUGCGAAAAUAAGUCUAAGGUAAAAGGAAUAGAUAAUAGCGAGAUGGAGGAAGGGGCUGUGAAUGGCAAUGCUGUCCAAAAGGUAGCAGCUUUUGUGUUACCAAAGAAGAAUAAGAUUCCUAUCAAAGAUGAAAUUGGAGAUUCCGUGCGGAGACAAGGAAGAAGUGGAAGGGGCUCGACACCUUCAAGACCGUCCACACCGUUAACUGGAGAGAAGUUGGAAAACACAGCCCCCACAAAGCCACUCCGCGGCACAAAGCCUGGUCCUGAUAAGAUUGAAGGUAAGUCGGGUCGUCCUCCUACUAAAAAGUUUUCUGAUCGAAAGGCUUUUUGUCGUCCUGGCAAGGUUGUUAAUCCUGGUUCCUCAGAAUUCACUGGUGAAUCAGAUGAUGAUCACGAAGAGCUAUUGGCUGCUGCUAGUUCUGCUCGAAAUGCCAACCAUCAUGCCUGCUGUGGUUUUUUCUGGAAGAAAAUGGAACCGAUUUUUUCUUGUGCCACUUCAGAGGACAUGGCCUACUUGAAGCAACAGAUAAGUUUUGCUGAGGAGCUUGAUGGGAAUUUGUGUGACCUGUUUGAUGCUGAUCCAAGCCUUACGGUUGAAUGUGCAUGCAAACCAGUGGCUACAUCUCAAGCUCUUUCUUUUGGAGAAAGACAAGGUAGUCAACCAAAUGGAACUGGGCCGAAUUCAUAUGCUCGGAAUGUGAGUUCAAUGAACAGAUCAAGGGAUGUUGGUACUCUACAUGGAAGAUUAGAAACAGAAAGAUGGUUUGAGAAGAUUAUUCCUCUGUCCCAACGACUUCUUCAAGCUUUUAUUGUUGAAGAUGAAACCGAAGAAUUUUCUCUCAACGGUGAACGGAGAGAUGCAUGUUUCCAAUAUUCAAGUGAUGAUUCUCCAUGUGGGCCAUGUAACCAUAUUGAUAAUGAGGCCAUUGGAGACAGAAUGGAGUCAAAAAUCGACUCGGAAGCAGAUCUUGAGACUAGGAAGCAUCGUAACACAGACAAGUUUUCUUGCAAUGGGAGUGCCGCAUCCAACAAUUUCAUGAGUACCAACAGUUGCGAUGUAUAUAAUGAUGAAGUGUGGCAGGAAGAUGAUGCUUUGGGACAUUCGGAGGUCGGGCAAAAUAAUCUGAAUGGGCUGCAACCCACGCGGACAAAUUCUUCUGGCAUUUCAUCCUUUGAGUGUCAGUAUCAGCAGAUGUCUCUGGACGAGAGGAUCUUAGCAGAGUUGCACAGUAUCGGCCUCUCUCCAGAUAUGGUGCCUGAUCUAACAGAGGGAGAAGAUGAAGAUAUUGAUAAAGAUAUAUCAGAACUUCAGGAGGGGCUCUGCCAACAGGUGACGAGAAAGAAAGGUCAUUUGUGCGAAUUAGAGAAAACUGUUCGGAAUGGAAGGGAGAUGGAAGAAAGGGAACGUGAGAAAUUUGCCAUGAACAAACUUGUUGAGAUGGCUUACAAAAAGCACAUGGCAUGCCGUUCAAGUAACAAGGGAGGAGUCAGUAAAAUAUCAAAACAAGCUGCCUCAGCCUUUGUUUUCCGAACUCUUGCAAGAUGUCAGAAAUUUGAGGAUACAGGCAGAAGCUGCUUCAGUGAGCUUGCAUUGCGGGAUGUAGUUUUCUCUCCACCUCUAGACACCAGUGAUUCGAAAUUUGUUGACCGUAGCGGUGUUGGGGCCGAUGUAAAUUUGCACGGUGAGGAUCGUAACAGUCAGCCGCAGUUCAGGGCAUCAGCCGCAGUUGCUCUGUCUUCAGGUGCCAUUACCUGCACUGUUGAGAGACAUGCACUGAUCACUGAUAAGCCCGACGGGAUUCAAGAUCACUCUAACACAGUAGACCCAACAGCUAAACUUGAACUGAUGCCCAACAGGGUUAAGAAAAGGGAAAUUCUGCUCGAUAGUGUCGGUGUUUCUGUUUCAAGGGCAGCAUCGGCUCUCGUCAACCCUCUGUCAAAUGGAGCAAAGGGAAAGAGGAGCGAGAGAGAGAGAGACCAGGGUAAAGAUGCGUCGACAAGAAGUUCUGUCGCUAAAUCUGGCCGUCCAUCACUAGGCAACCUAAAGGGCGAACGCAAAACAAAGACAAAGCCGAAGCAAAAGACAGCUCAGCUACCGACUUCUGGUAAUGGUCUUCUUGGGAGGAGUACAGAUACAGCCAAUGCCGCAUCCCCAUAUGUGCAGGACCCAUUUGAAAUGGCGACGAAUGGUAGCAGUAAAGUAAAUGGAGAAGUGGGUCCUCAGGAUCCGUCGAUGGAAAUGGAGGAACCCCUCGACUUUUCGAAAUUGCAGCUUCCUGGAAUGGACAUGAUAGAAGAAUUAGGUGCACCUGAUGCCCUUGGCGCUCAAGGUCAGGAUUUUGGUUCUUGGUUUAACUUUGACGUAGACUUGCAGGACAAUGACCUAAUUGGCCUACCGAUCCCAAUGGAUGACCUGAGUACCAUCUAAGAACGGUCCACCCAAAUUCCUAUGCAUUAUUUGGAACCUCUGUAAAGGACUGAUAGCUGUUGGCAUUACAUAUCAAAUGCGGAUAUACCCACGAGUACUCAACCAUAGUCUUAAAUGCAAGUGAUCAAUGACUUGUACAUUACAAAACAGGCUAGCACGUCUGCAGUCUCGCUUUCCUUUUAAUCAUUUGACACAUUAUGGAAACAAAGUGUGGGUUUUUAUCUGUUGAAAUCUCGGUUUUUUCUCAUGUGACUUGGGGACUUUCAAGAAUCUUACCUGGGUCUGAUGGACUUCGAUAGCUGCAGCAAAGGCGACGUGGGUUUCUUUACUUUUUAUUGGCAAGACCGCUUUAGUUUGGCCGGUGUAAAUGGAAUGCCGGGGAAAAUCUGAAGGGGCCGUUUGUGUUUCAUUGAGGUCUUGAUGUGCCAAUUUUGGCUUGUUUCUACAAUGACAUUCAUGCGGAACGCGAUUGAGCUUUUUUUGGAAAUUUUCAAACGUAAUCAUGUGGGUUUGGCAAAGAAGGUUGGUUAUCUCUAGGGUUCCUCUCUACAAGAUGUCCUGGAGCUUGCAUCUGAAGUGGGGCCCACUUCUCCUUGUAACUCCCAUGGUGAGAAGAAUGACACUGGAGGUUCGGAAAAGAGGUCUUUUCUUUUAGCCCAACGGAGGUUUGGCGAGGAAGGGUCAUCCAAGCCGUACUUCAAUAUGGGAUAGCGGCUUGGACCAUGAGACCUGCAGGACGGUGAUUGGUUCGUCAUCCCUCAGUGAAAUUCCAUCAAAAUCAAUCUCCAGUUGCAUGCCUUGUGGGUGUAUUGGACAAUGUUGUCUGGUUACGAAAAAGCAUUGCCUAUUGUUGGAGAAAUAUGAAGGAGAUUGCUGCAAAAGAGGGUUUUGAGGGUUCUUCCUUUCGUGAGUUUGAGUAUGGCUCCAUUGAAUCAGUUUCCAUGAAACUUGUGACGUCGAUUCCCCAAGAUAUAUGUUGUUGUUGAAUCAGAAGAUUGAUCUUUAUGCAUGAUCUGUUCGAAAUGUGUAUGUUUAUUUUUGAAGAUUGGACCUUGAUCCGACUGCUGUUGCUUGGAAUGGGGUUGCAUGGGCUUCACCAGGGAAGAUUGUCGUGCUCAUGUACAGAAUGAAAAUGAAGUAGGGUCUCGAAAGGAGGAUUGACAGAAGAGAUGAGUUGAAUCUGAGAGUGGGGAUUGGAGUGUAAUUCUUCUAUGAGAGCAUGAUUUUGUAUCAUCUUGUUUUAUUUAUUCCUGAGCUUGUAUUCAUAUUUCCAUUGGGAGGAUUCUUUGUCCAUGCCCCUUUAAAUCCACUCUGUUGUUCAGCGGUCCGUGAUUAGAAUGUCAAAGCCCUGUUUGGUUGCCA